AUGGGGAUGGCGCGGUUGCCAGGGCGACCGCCUCCCGUGGGCCCCACCAUCCAUCACCCGCGGCGGCUGAGCCCAGGGGCUGGGGUCCUGGCGGCAGAGACCCCAUCCCAGCAGGAGCGGCUGCAGGCCAUUGCAGAGAAGCGGCGGAGGCAGGCAGAGAUUGAGAACAGGCGCAGGCAGCUGGAGGACGACCGGAGGCAGCUGCAGCACCUGAAGUCCAAGGCACUGCGGGAACGCUGGCUGCUGGAGGGGACGCCGUCUUCGGCCUCGGAGGGGGAUGAGGACAUGAGGAGACAGAUGCAGGAGGACGAGCAGAAGGCACGGCACCUGGAGGAGUCCAUCUCCAGGCUGGAGCAGGAGAUCGAGGAGCUGGAGAACACGGAUGUGCUGCCCACCGCCGCCGCCAGGGGGAGCGUGGCUACUCCAAGCCCCGCCCUGCGCCCCGCCCCGGAAGACCAGAGAGCCGAGGCCAUGCCCAACGCUCAGCAGACCCCGGUGGGCACGCCCAAAGAGAAGCAAAUCUCCAACACCCCUCUGAGGACAGUCGACGGCUCCACCAUGAUGAAGGCAGCCAUGUACUCGGUGGAGAUCACGGUGGAGAAGGACAAGGUGACGGGGGAGACCCGGGUGCUGUCCAGCACCACCGUGCUCCCCCGGGAGCUCCUCCCUCAGGGCAUCAAGGUCUACGAGGACGAGACCAAAGUGGUCCACGCCAUGGACGGCACGGCAGAGAAUGGGAUUCACCCGCUGAGUUCCUCAGAGGUGGACGAACUCAUCCACAAGGCGGACGAGGUCACGCUGAGCGAGGCGGGGUCAGUGGUUGGGGCAGUGGAAACCCGGGGGCCAUCAGAAGAAGCUGUCCGGACCACACCCUCCAGGCGGGAGAUCACUGGUGUUCAGGCCCAGCCUGGGGAGGCCACCUCAGGCCCGCCCGGCAUCCAGCCCGGCCAGGAGCCCCCGGUCACCAUGAUCUUCAUGGGCUACCAGAAUGUGGAGGAUGAAGCCGAGACCCAGAAGGUGCUGGGUUUGCAGGACACCAUCACGGCAGAGCUGGUGGUCAUUGAGGAUGCAGCUGAGCCCAAGGAGCCUGCCCCGCCCAACGGCAGUGCAGCUGAGCCCCCCGCCACUGAGGGCUCCAGGGAAGAGAACCAGGUGGGGCCUGAGGCCCCCGCCGCCGAGCCCCAGGACCUCGACAUGAAGAAGCAGCGCUGUAAAUGCUGCUCCAUCAUGUGA